UUUAUAUAUAGAGAGAGAUACACACAUAUACAACAUGCGCACAUACACUAUCAGAUUUGUUAUCCUCCAUUAAGUUGUUUUGUUUUAAGAGGAACAACAGUUACAAGUCGAGCGAACUGCUUUCUAUUGCUGUAUUAUUGCUUGUUUUGCAGGACCGAUAGCCAGCUAGCAAGCUAACUGACAGCAGCGGGUCUGGUUUAUAAUCAGCUAUUAUUAGAUUGGCUGGUCGACUUCUACCACGUACUACUACCCAGUCUUAAACAAUUUAUGUAACUUCUGUCGAAAAUCUAUCUAUCCAAAUUAUCCUCAACUGUAACAGAUCUAUGUAGAUUAUAUUUUGAAAACGAAUCAGCGUUUGUGUAUCUUUGUAAUUCUUUCGCUGGAAAAAAAUAUAUAAAAAAAAAAGAUACCUCUGAACCUGUACUAUGGGAAAUUUUCUGCACUAUGAGAAAAAAUCUAUUUUAUUGAAUAUGUAUUAACUGUCGUUAAGCCAACCUGACAAAGCCUCAACAAGAUGGCGACUGAGUGGCAUAAGGUGGUCCAACCUAGUAGUAAUCUGACUGUUGUCGAUAAUUCAAGUAAACAAACUACUGAAGAUAAACACUGUCAGAAAACGAAAGAUAGUACGCAAUGGGGGGUGCGAGUUUUCACCGAUUUUUGCAAUGAAGUUGGUUAUAAUGUGGAGUCUGCGACCCAAGAUGUGUCAUUAUUAUGUCAGGUAUUGAAGCGAUUAUAUGCUGGAGCGCGAACAAAAAAAUGUGAACUUUAUCAGCUCACAGCUUUCCGUUCUCUUCGUUAUGCACUCAAACGACACUUUGAGGAAACUCUCAAUCUGGAUAUUAUUAAAGGAGAUGCUUUCGUCGAAGCGAACGAAUCCUUUGUUUUUAUGGAGAAGCGUAUUAAAGCCGAGGGCAAAGGCCUGAUACGACAUUACCCUCCUGUCGAAGAGCAAGACAUGGCUCGUUUAAAAGAAUAUUUUAAAGCAAACAUGCAGAAUCCAACUCCACGGGAACUUUUGGAGUAUGUUUGGUUUAUUUUGCAAUAUUACAUGUGCAGACUGGGAAGAGAUGGACAGACAGAAUUGAAGAUAACUUCAUUUGUUAUUCGGACUGAUGCUCAGGGAGAGCGGAGCAUUGUUCAAAACGAAUCUGAACCUCUGGAUGGAAACGGGGAAAAUGAUGAGGAAUUAGCUGGAGGGCUGAUACCAUCGUUGAAAGGAGAUGUGCUCUGUCCAGUGAGGGCAUACGAGUUGUAUAUUUCUAAACUGCAUCAGGAUUUUGAUAGACUUUUCCAAAAACCUAAAAAACUGGUUGAUUCUAGUCAACCGUAUUGGUUCGAUCGCAUUCCGUAUGGUAAAACUCCUCUGGGUGGUAUGAUGCCUACGCUAAGCCACAAGGCAGGACUGUCCAAACGUUACACUAACCACAGUCUGAGAGCUACGGCCAUAGAGAAACUACUGUGGGGUGGCAUAAACAGAAAAGAUGUUCGUGCUAUCAGUCAGUUAUUCGGACAGCCAACAUCUGUUUCACAGAGAAAGAAGAUGGCAUCUAUUCUUAGUAACAUUGCUGGAGAGCAAAGUACAUCAGCAGUAGCAACACCCUUCUUGGAAGAGGCUCGAUUAAAUUCUAAGAUCACCUCCAACAAAAGGGUAAAUAAUUUCAGAAAUGAAUUUCAACAUCUCUCAAAUAAUUCUACUGCCUUAUCGCAGAAAAAGAAUAUUAAUCUCCUCACUUCAUCACCAAUAUCAUCCCUAAAUACUUCGUGUUUACCAAAAUCUAACGCUACAAGGCCGCAUCUUUCAACAACCGGAGAUUCCAGCGAAAAAUCUGUCAAUUGGAGAGAACAAGUUACAAACAGAAGACAACAGAUAAGUUCCAGUGAGGCAAAAAACAACUUACGGUGUUUACAAAGUUUACAUUUUGGAAGAGGGAGAGAAUCGAAAGAAAAAAGUUCUAGCAGAAUUGAAACUCAGGAAGAGAAUCGUGUUGCCGACCAAAGUUCAGAGACAUCCUCCUUUAUGAUUACAGAUGUGCAUUCUUGCGCCAACUCUUUCACUGAGCAGAAUACACCAACAACGUUUAUGAAAACAGUUGAAAACCCUACUCAUUCAUAUGUUGUGCACAAACAUCAAGGCCACAUGCUCUCCAAUAUGACCAAUCUUUGGAAAAAAGGUAAACUCUGUGAUGCUUCCAUUGGAAAUGGAACAAUGAAAAUUAUGGUUCACAAAGUUGUGUUGAUUGCUCUUAGUCCACAACUUUUAACAUUGCCAAAUGCCACUGUAACAUCAGGUUGUUUCCAGUUGACAUUUUCUCAGGAUAUUGGUGGUGAUGCUUUAUGGGCAUUUGCUAAAUAUAUGUAUGAAGGUGUUGUCUCCCUUAAUGAGGAGGUAUUGGAGGAUAUGGAGCAUAUUGCAAAAAUCCUUGGUUUAAGUGAUCUAUUAGAUAUGUGUAAACUUUAUCGGAAACAGGUUUUGAGUUCUAUUGACAAUCCUGUCACAACUAAGGCCUUAAUCUCUCAACCAACUGAAUCUCCAGGCAUUAUUAGGGAUGCCAUUUCAACAGAGAUUGUUAAUACAAUGGAUACAAUGCCUAAAACUGAUGGCCCAUCUUUAUCAACUGGUGUAUCUUUCAUGGGUUUACCCAAUAGUGAUAUUACUCCAUCAAUCUCGAAACCAGUGCAACAGUUACAGAACUUAGCUACAGAAUCAAUGACAAAUCAAAUACAGUUCCAAACAAAACAAUCAGUUCCUCCGGUGAUCCUUUAUUCAGCUGAUAAAGACUCUUCAGUUUCAGGCUAUGCCAAUGAUUCUGUAGGAUUAAAACAAGAACCAUCAAGUCCUUUGAAAAAAAGGUGCAGUAAAAAAGAUUUCUUAUCUUCUUUCCCUUCAAGACACUCAGACACACAUAUUGUUGUCCACGAUGAUUUAUCAGAACCUUGGCAACCACAUUCUUACUGUGAUAAUGAAGACCCAAAAAGUCCUCCACCUCCAAAGCGUCUAAAAUCUUCAGAACUACCUGAAGAUUCUUUAUCUAAUUUAUCUCACUCAAAUACUGAAGAUUUCAGUCCUCACACUAAAAGUGCCAAAGACUCUUAUCCUAUCAAAAUUGAACUUGAACGAGACAGUAACAGUGAUUUAGAAACUUCUGGGAUUCCUUAUGUUGUGUCGUUAAUUCAAGCCAAAGGCCUGGACACUACUUGAACUUGUUUAAUUGGCAAAGGAUUUAGAAAAGAAUGAUAUAAAGUCAUAUCAUAUCAAAUAGUUAUCAAUGAUCUCAAUUCAUCUCAUUUUAAAAAUUGGAAGUUCCAAGUAAUAUCCAGUUUUGUUUUUUUUUUUUUUCUCUUCCAAAUGAGUUCAGUUAAGAAACCUUUUUCUGCUAAUAAACUAAUGAUCUGAGAAAAAUAUAAUAUCAAGAAAAUGCAACUUUUCUUUACAAUUAGAGAUUAAAAUGAUGAAAGAUUUUUUUUCAUCAUCCUAACACGGUUUCUUUCAAAACAUUUAAACUGUUUGAAUACCUCUUUUAAGGAGAAACGAGAGCUAUAUAUUUUCCUUCUACUCAAUUAGGUCACUUUAGCAUUUGUGUCACCAGAUGACAGACAUGUCAAACAGAUAAUGAUCAGCGUUAAAAAUUGAACAAUAAUAUUUUCAAGGUGGUAAAAGCUAGAUAAUGUAUGUGGCUACGCAAUGGAGUGCUGUUAUUUUAUUUAUAAUUUCAGCUUUAUCAACAAUUCUUCAUUUAAAUUCAUUGGAAGGUUGGUCUUAAAUAGUAUAAAGAGUUAUGAAAUAUUUCAGUCUAAAGCCUCUGAAUUCUUUUAACUUUCAAUUUACUCUGCUUUAAUCUUUUAUUUUCUAAGCAUUGUUCCCAAUGAUUGUAAUUUAAGAUUUUUAAAAGUGAAUAACAAAUAUAUUACUUAUGUGAUCAACCUUUGGUUUGGAAUUAUAUCUGGAUAUUUAAUUUCACAACAUACAAAAGUUAGCUCUCAUAUUGAAAUUUAAAUAUUUUAAUUUAUUAAAGAUUUUUAAUUGUGUGCUGUUAUUGUUAACAAUGGCUUUGUCUGGAUUUUUUUUCAGCAAUCCACUGGUGCCUAGCAACUGAUAAAUAGAUUAAUAUAUAGUGUAUUCCAUAGUUUGUAUGUUGAACUGUGGACAAGAAAAUAUAAUUUGUUUUUAAUUUAUAUCGAAACCAGUGAUGAUAUGCAUGUAAACAUUGUCAUGGUUAAUUUAGCAAACAUUCUGUAACUGGAUCAUUUCAUUGAAGGAAACAUGGCAUAAAUAUAUUACAUUUUUUACAUUAUUGAAAAGUUUACUUUGGUAAAAUAAACAAAAUAAUCCAUUA